GCUGGGCGGAGCCACCAAGAAGAGGCGGGCAUCGGGCCACCAUGCAGGACUGGCCGGGAGGGGCCAUGCACGUUCGCCCGGCAAAGACGCGUGGAGUCGCGGGUGCCCCUUCUGUCAUCGCGGGCUCCGCCACCCGCUACCCGGUGCGCACCUGCCGCACCGCCCUCGCGGAUCCAGAUGGGGAAGGACCAGGGCUUCUCUCGGCACUUUAGGAUCUUCAUCCCCAAGAAGCAUCGGGCACGCUUCGACGAGGUGGUGUCACAGGGUCUGCUGGGCAAGCUGUGCCGGGCUCGGAGGACGCAGGGCGCGCAGCGUUUGCGCCGAAGCCGCAGCGAGGAGCGUCCCGAGCGCCUCCUAGUGUCCACGCGCGCCAGCGCCGCCCCGCGCCGUCCUGAUGAGCCGCCCCCGCGCAAAGCGGCCUCGCUGCUGGGCGGCCGCACCGGCCCUGGGGGCCCUCGCAGGACUGUUCGUGUAUACAAGGGCAACAAGAGUUUCGGCUUCACUCUGCGCGGCCAUGGACCGGUCUGGAUUGAAUCUGUCCUGCCUGGCAGCCCAGCUGAAAAUGCGUCCCUCAAGUCAGGUGACCGGAUCCUCUUCCUCAAUGGACUGGACAUGAGGAACUGCUCUCAUGACAAGGUGGUGUCCAUGUUGCAAGGCAGUGGCGCAAUGCCCACGCUGGUGGUAGAGGAAGGACCGGUCCCUUUUGCUAGCGAUUCAGAUUCUUUGGAUUCCCCAACCCGGUCAUCGGCACUCACCUCGCUGCAGUGGGUGGCAGAUAUCCUGCCUUCCAGUAUCCGAGUCCAGGGGAGGACCUUCAGUCAGCAGCUGGACCACCUCCUCACUCCUCCUGAGCGCUAUGGAAUCUGUCGGGCUCUUGAGAGCUUCUUCCAGCACAGGAACAUCGACACCCUCAUCGUGGACGUGUACCCUGUUCUGGACACACCUGCUAAGCAGGUCCUCUGGCAGUUCCUCUACCAGCUGCUGACCUACGAGGAGCAGGAGCUGUGUCAGGAGAAGAUCGCAUGCUUCCUGGGCUACACGGCCAUGACAGAACCUGAAUCCUCACUGGACCUGGAGCCAGAGUCCACACCAGAGCCCACACCGGAGCCACAACCACGGAGUUCCCAGAGAGCUUCUUCCAUGUGCCGUCGUAGCCUGCGCUCCCAGGGCCUGGAGGCCAGCCUCAGCUGUGGUCCUGGUGAUUGCCCUGAGAUGCCUCUACCUCUGAUCCCAGGCGAGCGGCAGGCUGGUGACGGCACAUCCCUUCCGGAGACCCCCAACCCCAAAAUGAUGUCCGCCGUCUACGCGGAGCUUGAGUCGCGACUGAACAGCAGCUUCAAAGGGAAGAUAGGGACCGUGUCCAAAUCCCGGGCAUCUCCGCCAGUCCCCAGCCUGGUAGGCACAGCAGGGCCCAGGACCCUGUCUGGAGUCUCAUGGCCCAGCGAUCGGCUCCUGCCAUCCCCCUGCUAUGAUCCGCUGUGCUCUGGGGGCCUGGCCUCCCCCAGCAGCUCGGAGUCCCACCCCUACGCCAGCUUGGACAGCAGCAGAGCGCCCUCCCCACAGCCAGGCCUUGGAUCCAUUCACCCCGACAGCCCGCCGAGUCCAGACCCCAUCCGGCCACCCAGUCGCAGGAAGCUCUUUGCCUUCUCGCGCCCCAUGCGGAGCCGAGACACAGAUCGCUUCCUGGAUGUUCUGAGCGAGCAGCUGGGUCCCCGAGUGACCAUUGUGGAUGACUUCCUGACACCUGAGAACGACUAUGAGGAGUGCCAGUCUGCAGGGCUCCAGCCUGACCUCCCGCUCGCCUUGCUCUCCCUGGGACAGAUGAGCUUCCACGAUGACCAGGGCAGCUUUGUGACCAAUGAGAGAAGCAGCGCUAGCGACUGUGUCAGCAGCAGCGAGGAAGGCAGCUCUCUGACCUACUCCUCCAUCUCCGACCACAUCCCCCCGCCCCCACUCAGCCCCCCACCUCCACCGCCCCUGCCUUUCCAUGACCCCAAACCCAGCUCCCGCUCCUCUGAUGGUCCCCGAGGUCCUCCUCAGUCACUGACCAAACCCCUCACCCAGCUCAGCCACCCGGUCCCACCCCCACCUCCGCCACCCCUGCCCCCACCCGUGCCCUGCGCACCCCCCAUGCUAUCCAGGGGCGUGGGCCACCGCCGAAGCGAGACCAGCCACAUGAGCGUCAAGCGCUUGCGCUGGGAACAAGUGGAGAACUCAGAAGGCACUAUCUGGGGUCAGCUCGGGGCGGACUCUGACUAUGAUAAGCUGAGUGAUAUGGUGAAAUACCUGGACCUGGAACUCCACUUCGGCACCCAGAAACCUUCGAAGCCCGUGCCCGGCCCCGAACCCUUCAGGAAGAAAGAAGUGGUGGAGAUCUUGUCCCACAAGAAGGCCUACAACACCUCCAUCCUCCUAGCGCACCUGAAGCUGACCCCUGGCGAGCUGAGGCAGGUGCUCAUGAGCAUGGAGCCCAGGCGCCUGGAACCUGCGCAUCUGGCGCAGUUGCUGCUCUUCGCUCCCGACGCCGACGAGGAGCAGCGCUACCAGGCUUUCCGCGAGGCUCCAGGCCGCCUCAGUGAGCCGGACCAGUUCGUCCUGCAGAUGCUGUCGGUUCCCGAAUACAAGACCCGCCUGCGCAGUCUACACUUCCAGGCCACCUUACAGGAGAAGACAGAGGAGAUCCGAGGCAGCCUCGAGUGCCUGCGACAAGCAUCCCUGGAGCUCAAAAACAGCCGGAAACUCGCCAAGAUCCUGGAGUUUGUGUUGGCCAUGGGCAACUAUCUCAACGAUGGACAGCCCAAGACCAACAAGACCACUGGCUUCAAGAUCAACUUCCUGACAGAGCUAAACUCCACCAAGACAGUGGAUGGGAAAUCUACCUUUCUGCACAUCCUUGCCAAAUCGCUAAGCCAGCACUUUCCUGAACUCUUGGGCUUUGCCCAGGACCUGCCCACUGUGCCCCUGGCUGCCAAAGUGAACCAACGAGCCCUGACUGGUGACCUGGCUGAUCUCCAUGGCACUGUCAGUGAGAUUCAGGUGGCCUGCCAGAGCAUGUCCCCCUCCAGUGAGGACAGGUUUGCUGUCGUCAUGACUUCCUUUCUGGAAACGGCACAACCCGCUCUGCGGGCUCUGGACGGGCUGCAGCGGGAGGCCAUGGAAGAGCUAGGGAAGGCACUGGCCUUCUUCGGAGAGGACUCCAAGGCCACUACCUCAGAGGCCUUCUUUGGCAUCUUUUCAGAAUUCAUGAGCAAAUUUGAGAGAGCACUCAGCGACCUGCAGGCAGGGGAUGGCCCACGCAGCUCUGGGAUGGUUUCACCCCUGGCCUGGUGACAGCUGCCAUCAAGCAUCUUCUGCAGUCUGAGCACGGAGACCGAAGGUGGAGGUUGCGACACCCCGAGGGACGUCACAGGGUCCAGGGUACUUGAUCAUGCAGCUUGUCUGCAGGAAGGGCUUGAGUGUGGUGGGGGCCGCAGCCCCGUAUCUCCGGCUACCUCAGCUGCUAAGCUCCGCCUGGCCCUCUUCUGCCCAUCCUUGGUCUCCCAGACAGCCUGCCUGGCUUCCCGUCACCACAAUGUGAAUAAAAUGCCGUUUUGUGUCAGGAGCUGUCCCACCUGAGGGCGGAUUGCAAAGUGGCCGCUGGCCUGGAACCCUUGCCUGUGGUUUGGUGGGAACACACCACACACCGCUAGGAUGUACAGAGUUACUCUGUGAGUCUGCUGGAGGGGGCUCUGGACCAGAGACCGACACUCUCAGAUGAACCUACUAAGCCGGUACCAGAAAGAAAGCCUACAAGAGCACUGCCUCCACAGCCGCUGGAGGAGACAAGAUGAAGCCUGAGACUGGGUUGCAGAGGCUGGGGUGGCUGUGGCAGCAUGGAGCAGGAGAGAGAAUUCUCGGCUGGGGCUAUUGAGAAAGAGGGAGAGGAGAACCACUGCUAUUAGGUCACUGGAUCUAGGCUUUGUCUUUGUGAAUUUAUUUAAUUUUAUUUUUGAGAGACGGGGUCUCGUGUAGCUCAGGCUGGCCUCAAACUCACUGUGCAGUCAAGGGUAACCUUGAUCCUCCUGCCUCUACCUCCCAAGUGUUGGGAUCAUAGGCCUGUGCUACCAUGCUCCAUGUUCUUCUUCAUUCUCUCUCUCUCUCUCUCUCUCUCUCUCUCUCUCUCUCUCUCAUAAGGAGUCACUAUAUAACAGACUGGCCUUCCAGUUCACUAUGUAGCUCAGGUUGGCCCCCAGCUCACCACUAUACUCCUGCCUAGGCCUCUCCAGCGCUGGCAUUAUGUUACUAAAGGAAUGAACCAAGGGCCUGGAACAUGCUAGGUAAGUACUCUGCCACUGAGCUACACCCCAGCCCUUGCUCUGCUUUUGGGGAAGUGUCCACUCUGUAGACCAAGUGGACCUUGAACUUUUAAGUCUUCUACCUUAGCCUCCCCAAUAAGUGGAAGGAAGGCCUGCACCUCCUGGCCCAGUCAGAACCAAGAGAUAUGGGGUUCUAAUUUUGUGUGGAAUCGGGGUGGGAGGGGUGUGUACAGAGCAGGUGGGGGUCAGAGGACAAUGGCAUGAGUCGGCUCUCUCUUUCCACCAUGUGGGUCCUGGAUAUUGAACUCAGGUCAUCAGGCUGGGCAGCAAACACCCUUACCCACUGAGCCAUCUUGGUAGCCCUAAGAAUCAAGCUUCAAUCUUACCAGCUCAGAUCCUAUUUAGCGGUGGUCAGAUGCGAGCUGGAGCAGUUGGGAGCAGAACGGAAAUCCUGGAGGUUAGGGCAAAGGGGACAUGGCAAUGGCUGGGUGGGGUAGUGAUGUCAGUUCAAUGGUCAGCCGCAGUUCCUCACCUGGGUAGUGAUGCCAUUGCCCAGAACAGGCUGAGUGAGGAGGGCAGGCUCAGGGGUAGCUGACACUAUCCCCAAGGCUGCACUGUGUAAACCUGGGAUGAGAGAUGAGUCGCCUGGAGCCUGCAUGUGGAUGGGACAAUGAACAGAGUUCCCAUCCCUUGGUUUGGGUAUUCUAGGCCCAGAUUCCCACAAUACGAUGCCAUAGGCCUCUCUCCCGUGCUGCUGUUUCUCUUUGGGUAUGUUACUCUGUGCGUGUUUGCUCAAGGGUGUGCCACACAUGGAUGUCAGAGGACAGCUUGUGGGCUUGGCUGCACAUGCCUUUACCCAAGGAGCCAUUUUGCUUUCUGUUUUUUAAAAAAUUUUUUUUAAUUAAAUCUAUUUUAUCUUGCUGGGAUUCAAACCCCAGGCCCUGUGUUUCCAAGUUCUACCACCAUGCUACCCCUCCACCCCUGGCUAUUAUUUAUUUAUUUAUUCAUUUGAGAUGGUGUUUCAUAGCCAGGCUGACCUUGAAUUUUGACCCCCUCUUGCCUCUCACUCCCAAUUGCUGGGGUUAUAGACCUGUACCACAAAGCCCAGUUUGACUCUUAUUUUAAUUUAUAUCAUUAUUAUUUUUUUUAAAGAUUUAUUUAUUAUGUAUACAACAUUCCUUCCCUGUAUGCUUGCAUGCCAGAAGAGGGCACCAGAUCUCAUUAUAGAUGGCUGUGAGCCACCAUGUGGUUGCUGGGAAUUGAACUCAGGACCUCUGGAAGAGCAGUCAGUGCUCUUAACCUCUGAACCAUCUCUCCAGCCCCCAUAUCAUUAUUUUUUUUUUUGAGACACAGUCUCUGUAGACCAUGCAAGCCUCAGAUCUGAGACCAUAAGGCAUGAACUACCCACCCCAGUUCCUCACUUGACUUUCUCCAGAAGUAUGAAAGGCCUUCACCUGUAUCUUGGAUUUUUUUUUCUUGCCUUUUUUUUUAAACUUCAUUUUUUUCGUAUCUUGAAUUUUAAGAAAUGAAUUCUAUGUGGAUGUACACAUCCAUGGGUGGGUUUGUCCACAUGAGUUUGGUGUUCCGAGGCCAGAAGUGGGGAUCCAGUGACCUGUAGCAGAAGUUCGAGACCGGUCGGUGUAAGCUGGGAGCUCCUAACCACUGAGCCAUCUCUCCUGCACCUCAGACUUUUUCUCCCACUAAAAUCAAAAUCCCAAUAGGUAGGACUUGGAACCUUUGGUUUCUUUUCUCUGGGACAGAAGACUAUGCAGACCAGGCUACUCUCAGACUCUGUGGAGAAGAUGACCUUGAACUGAUCCUCCUGCCUCCACCUCCUCAGUGCUGGGAUUACAGGCAUGCACCACUACCACGGAAUCUUUCUACAGUGCUGGGGGCUGGGAGCCAGGGCUUCAUAUACGCUAGGCAAGCACUCUACCCACGGAGUCAGAUCCCCAGCCCACAUCUGGUUCUUGAGAGCCUUCCACAGUCCUUGACUCUGAGCGUGUUCUCUCCUUGUUCCUUUCUUAUGCCCAUCCAGCCCAUAAAAACAUUUGAACCAAGAUGUGUGUGUCAAGGAGGAACCUGCCUAGUCGGCAUACACCUCUCCCUAGCAGCGAGACUUGUACACAGUGCCUGGUACCUGUGUCCCUGGAAAAGGGUGUCAAUAACCCUUGUUGGGCAGCUGGAGAGGGGCUCAGUGGUUCAAGCACUGGUUGCUCUUCCCGAGGACCUAGAUUCAAGUCACAUGGAGGCUCACAGCCAUGUGACUCCAGUUCCAGGCGGUCUGACUCCCUCUUCAGGCCUCCACAGGCUCUGAACACAUGCGGUGCAUAGACAUACAUGCAGGCAAAACACCCAUACACUCAUAAAACAAUUUUCUUUAGAAACAGUCCUUGUUGGGGAGCUGGAAAAAUGACUCAGCUUAGAGCACUAGUUGCUUUUACAGAGGACGGGGUUUCCAGUCUCACCAACACAUGGUGGUUCACAAACUCAAGGGAUUUUUGUUUUGUUUUGGGGAGGGGGCAUUAAUCUUCUGAUGUCAAUUUCUGACUUUCCCAGGCACCAAGCAUGUAAUACAUUCAUGCAGGUAUAACAUCCAUACACAUAAAAUUAAAUAACUAAACCUGAAUUUACAAGUUUUGGUCCACGUUGUAGGCCAGGAGAGAUGGCUUGGUGGGUAAAGGUGUUUGCCACUAAACCUGACAACCUGAGUUCAGAUCUCCAGUAUACAUGUGAUGGGGUAGAGAGUGUCCUCUGACAUCCUUGCAGGUAUGCACAAAUAAAUAAAGAAUAAUAUAUUUUUGAAAUCUUUGAUGGAGUUAGGAUUAAAAAGCAUAGCUUGCGCCAUAUGUGGUGGUGCACGACUUUAGUCCCAGCACUCAGGAGACAGAGGCAGGUGAGUUCGAGGCUAGUGGGGUCUACAGAGCGAGUUCCAAGAUAGCCAGGGCUACACAGAGAAACCCUGUCUUGAAAGGAGGAGAAGACAAAGUAGUAAUAAUAGUCACAGUUUAUUCAGAAGGCUGAGGCAGGGGGAUAGAAAGUUCAAAGGCCUGCUUGGGUAAAUUAUUGAGACUCUAUCCUUGAAAUAAAAACUAGAGAGGAGGAAGAAGAGGCUAGAGGUGUAGUUAGUGGCAGCAUGCUUACUGAGAAUGCAUGAGGUGCCAAUGUUCAAUCUCCAGAGAUCCACAGAUUAUAGACUCCACCAGGCAAGAUCUCCCAGCCCAGGGCUGGAGAGAUGGCUCAGAGGUUAAGAGCAUUGCCUGCUCUUCCAAAGGUCCUGAGUUCAAUUCCCAACAACCACAUGGUGGCUCACAACCAUCUAUAAUGAGGUCUGGUGCCCUCUUCUGGCCAGCAGGCAUACACACAGAAUAUUGUAUACAUAAUAAAUAAAUAUUAAAAAAAAAAAAAAAAGAUCUCCCAGCCCAAGCAGAGCUCCAUAGCAUUUUCCUGAAGUUAGAAACACAUGCCCCUUGCCUGAAGAUCUAGCCACUGGACUGCGGUUUGACAAGCCAAGCACUAGCUAGGGUUUUUUUCCUUAACUUGCCUUGUAUCUGUUAUCAAUUUGUUACAGCAGUGCUGAGUAACAAACUGGCCUUAACCUUGCUUUCCUCUACAUUAUCCCAAGGUAUUGGACAUGCUAGGCGGGCGCCCCGCUGCCGAUCCAUGCCCCCAGUUCCUUCCUCAGUAAGGGAUUCUAUCUGAAUUAUUUAACCUCCAUUUAUUUAUUUAUUAGGGCGCAUCCACUGCGGAGGCAUGUGGAGGUCAGAGGGAAACCUGAGGAAGCCAGUUCUCUUAUUUCACCUUGUGUAUUCUGGAGAACGGAACUGUCACUAGUGGGUUCUGGGCAAGCACUAUGUUGCUGGCCACGCCCCAGCCCCUUAUUGGUGGUUUCUAGGCAAGUGUUCUACCAUUAACCUCUAUCCCCAACCUCUUUCAAAUUUUAAACUUUGAGACAGAGUUUUACUAAGUUACCCAGGCUGGUCUUGAAUUCUUCCAUUAUAAUUCAAGCAGGCCUAGAACCUGGGAUCCUUCUGUCUUAGGCCCCAGGUAGUUGGGAUAAAAAACCUUAACUCAUGAAAUGACAACCACUUAGUGCUCAAGGCUUGGGUGACUUGGGCCGGGCUGAUCUGAGCCAGAUUCCGUGGAUCCUCACACUCUGCAGCUGUACGAGUCAGGUAAGUGGCCUUGCCAGUCGUGCAGGGGUCUCUCCCACACGUGGAACUGUGGCAGAGAAAGCGAGGACAGCCUCAGGUGGCGGCUCAUCCUCUACCCAAACUGGGAUCCCUUUCCUAAGUGAGGCAAGAGCCCAAGAGAACAAAUAAGCAAAAGCACAGAAAUUCAGGGCUGGGGAUAUAGCCCAGUUGGUAGAGUGUUUGCCUAGCGUGCUUCAAGCCCUGGGUUCGAUUCCUGGCACUGCAUAAAUGGACUGUAGUGGUGCAUGCCUGUAAUCCCAGCACUGAGGAGGUGGAGGCAGGAGGAUUGGAGUUCAGGGUCAUUGGAGCCAGCCUGAGCGACAGGAGACCUCAUCUCAAUCAAUAAAUCAAUGCGCACAAGCCUCUUUUAACUAGCUCUUGUAGACCAGGCUGGUCUCGAACUCACAGAGAUCCGCCUGCCUCUGCCUCCCGAGUGCUGGGAUUAAAGGCGUGCGCCACCACCGCCCGGCGCGCACAAGCCUCUUGAGGUUGUCUCAGAACUGGCUCACUAGCGACAAGAGCCAGUCAGAUUGGAGUGGGAGAAAAACCAUCUGUUUAUUUUAAUUUAUAUUUUGAGACAGGGUAGCCCAGGCUGGCCUUGAGCUCAGGCAGGCAGAUGCUGUGAUGGUCACACUGUGAACUCAGGAAUAUAGGGAGUAUCAGAACAUUUUUUGAAAUCUCCUACAUGGCCCCUUGGCCAAGCAGGUUCUAGCCUCCUUAAGGUCAUAAGUGACAGCCAGGGGUGGUGAUGUACAUCCAUGAUCCUGACCCUCAGAAGUGGAGGCAGGAGUUUCAGAGUUGUUCCUGGCUACAUAAUGAAUUUGAGGCCAGGCUAGGCUACAUAUGAGGCCAUAUCUCAAAACGACAAAACCAGAAAGAUGGCUCAGUAGGUAAAGGCGCUUGCUACCAAGCCUGAGACCUGAGUUUGAUCCCUGGGACCCACAUGGUGGAAUGGAGAAAACUAACUCCCAAAACUUGUCCUCUGACUUCUAUGUGCACACACAACCCGUUAGUACACACACACACACACACACACACACGAAUUAUUAAAAUGUUUAAAACAAUGACAAAACAAAAUAAAAAAUUCUACGUGGCCCCAAAGUGUGCCUUGGACUGAGCAUUGCUCCAGACUGCCACCAGGUGACUUCUAGGUCACCUGUGAGUAGUCUGUCCUGCAGACACUCCAGUGGACAGCUGUGAGCUGGGCCUACCUAGCAACCUUCUGUCGGAAAAGCCCCUUGUAUUCUUUUGGAAUAUUAUCGCUCCCUUAUUCUGGGGCCAGGGAGCUGAGCAGGUACAGAAAGUAACUGGCCAUGUAGCUUAGAGACAGUUCAAGACUCAAGUCCAGUCAGCUUGAAAGGGGAAGCUUCCUUUUCUCUGGAAGCGGUGUGUGUACAAAGGGUGGGAACCUGGGGGUGGGGUGCCUCCGUAUCAGCAAAAGACGAGAGAAGGUUGCUAUGUGCGCAUCUUUGCCCCUGGAUCCAACCGUACCUGAAGUACACAUCUGGACUUAGCAGUUCCAAAGCCACCACGUCCCCCUUCUACGGUAAAACAUUAAUUUCUUGACCGAGGCUGGCUACAGACAAACCUUCCAUGUUUCUAACAUGCUUUCUUUCUUU